GUUAUAGACAUGUGUACUUGGAGGGGUUGACUGAGGCUUCCAUCUUUAUCCACGUAUCAGUUCAUGACAUCUAUGGGAAGUGGAGUCCACUAGUCCUGAACCCCAGCUUUACCAUAAUGCACUUUCUAGGAGCCAACAAGGGUCGUCAGCUGCGAGGCAUCAGAGGCUUGUUCAACAGGUCCUCUAAGUCUUCAGUAGACACCAGCUGUGGUUCGGGCCUCAGGAAACGCUCCAUCAGUGACCUCCUCCUCCGACGCACCGCCAGCGCCCCCGCCAACCGACGCAAGAAAACCAAGAUGAAGCUCGCUGAGUCCUCCACCUCCAUAUCAGACCGCAAGGCCUCCAUGUCAGACGGCAAGGACAGAGUGGGGGCCGGGGAAGGGGCUGGGAGGGAGGGCUCCAAGGACAGUGAAAGGGACAGGGAGACGGGUCUGGUGGAGAGGAGCCCCCCACCUCACGCCCCCCUCUCCCACAGACCCGUCUCCAUGCCUCUGGAGAGGCUACUGCAGGGACAGCUCUCCCUCUGCUCCCCCGAACAGGAGCAGACUGACCUGGGUGCAGACACACUCAUCGGAACAUCCCCCUUUGACCGGCCCAGGUCCCACUCUGUGGAACUCCUCAUCGAAUCAUCCACCUCCCUUGAACACAGUGUGUCCACCCCUUCCACCAAUCACAACAACACACGGGAUAGGACCACAGAGCUUGACCAAUUAGACGAGACCUCCUACCUGGUCAUUGGCCAAGGAGGAAGAAGUGUAGAUGGUGACUCCAAAGAGCAAUUAAAGGACAGAGUCAACCCACCCAUCAAAGCUGAGAGCAUUUCCUCUCGCCAAAGGACGUUGUGUUACCUGAGCAGGUCAACAAAGACAGAGAGCAACUGUUUACACGUACCUACUGAGAGCAGACCAGAGACAACAUUACAUAGUACAACAAACACGUCAGCGCCUUCCUCCUCCUCUUCUUCCUCUGUGUCCCCCCCCUCCCCACUCAACGUGGAUCGGUCCGAUCUGCAGACCCCCGUCUCCCGGCAGGACAGCACCAUCUCGCGACUCAUUGAUGCCGUAUCCCUCGGCAACGACACCAGCUGCGGCUCGAUCUCCGCUCUGAUUGGCCAGUUUGACCUCACCGCUGACCAGAAUGACAUCACCACGAACUCUGACCCCCACGUCCUCAGUGUCAUGUCCUGUCUGUUCCAUCCCACUGUCCAGGACUCCAGCACACCCUAUAAGGCCACCGUGGACUGUACCAUCCCAUUUAAAGACCCACAGACCACCACCUCCCCCCGCAAGGCAAUGAAUGGACCUAUCACUCCUCGAAAGGCAAGCCAGACCCCUAACCACGCGAACCAGAACCUACUCCCACCCCACCCCAAGACCUCCCACGCAGACCACCCUGCCCCCCUUCUCUUCUCCAGUCCUGAGACCACGGAGCUGGAGGAGGUCUAUACCAUCCUGGAUGAGGAGGUCUUGUCUCCAGUCUCUGUCUACAACCUGAGGGAGCAGACCAUAGGCAACAUCCAGGCUGACUCUGAGGAGAGCACACCUAUGGGCAGCCUGGAGCCCUCCCCAGCCAAGGUGCCUCCUUGCCUGGGGACAGAGGCCAACGGCAGCUGGGUGGGCUCACGGAGGGGUGUAGUGGAGGUGGAGGAGCCCGGACAGGGCUAUGGGGGUGUCAGUGAUCCUACAGGGCUGUGGUCAGGGGGAGAGUGGGGGUUGUCAUGGGGUUACAGGUGCCCGUCUGUCAACAGCACAGUGUCCGACCGGUUGCUGUUGUGCCAGGACUCAGCAGGAAGUCAUCUGAUGGAGGUGGAGAUUAACGUGGACGAGGAUCCACUGGAGAUUUCCCUCACCUUACCGAGACACAACUGUACCUGGGUCGCUACCAGCCCAACCAAACAAUACGCUGCUCCCCAAAGCCAGUUUACCCAACUAAGCCCCUCUCCCCGGUACGCACCCCAACUCUCCCAGUGUCCUUCCCCCCUCAAACAAUCCCCACACCAGCCCUCCCCUCGCAACACCCCAUCAAUAACCCCUCAAACCCAGCCCUCCCUCUUCAAAAGGCCCCCCAUCCCCAGCACCCUCCGCCUGAACAGCCACCCCUCCACCCACAGCAGGGCUGAGCUCUCCUUUGAGAACAGCAGAGACAUUACCAGAGCCUACACCCAGCAGCACAGCUACAGUGGACCCACCCAGGCCCAGACCAGGGGCUACCAGGGUGGACCCAACCAGGCCCAGACCAGGGGCUACCAGAGUGGGCACACCCAGCCACAGGCCAGGGGCUACCAGGGUGGGACAGGGGAAGGUCAGGAUCAGGGUGAAGCAUCAACCUGCUUCCAGAAUGGGUUGUCCUCCUCUGAGUGUCUGCCUGGUCUGUCUAGUAUGUCUGGUUCAAGGUAUGUUAGCUUCCCCAGAGACCGAGGCCUGUACUCCCCUAUCUCAGAUUGUGAUGUGGCCUAUAGCCAUCUAGACUACAACUGCUUCAGGCCCUCUGCUACCUCGGCAUCCCCCUACACCCAUCUGCAACCCCAGCCCCAAUCAAAUACCCAGCCCCUGCCCCAGGCCCAACCCCAACCCCAAUCACACACCCAGGCCCAGCCCCAGUUCCAACCCCGUUCUGGCCCCCCACCGCUGCCCCUCUCGGGCCCCACCCUUGCCCCUCCUCUACCUAUCCCCAGACCACCCACAGCCCCCAGCCCCUGCAAGUCCAAGUCUCUGGGUGACCUGACAUCAGAGGACAUCUCCUGCAACUUCCACAGCAAGUACAACAUCAUCAGCCGCAGCUUCAUCACACCCUGUAUGAAGGAGCGGAGGAGGAUGAGGGGCCUAGGGGGUCUGUCCCAACGGCUGCAGUCUGCAGACCCCCUCACUGAGCAGUUACGCAAACUAGUCACGCUGGAGGGGGAUGACAGAGACCGGGACAGACCCCAGUCUCCCCAGCUGCCCCAGUUACCUCAGUUACCCCCCAAACCCUUCAUUCCCCCAUCACGCCCCUGCCCCCCCUCAAACUUUGUCCCCGAUGCCCAGGAGGAUUCCCCCCCUCUCCUCUCCCGCCGCCUUUCCUCUCGGAGCCAGAGCCGUGUCCGUCACAUCAACAAUCGCGCUCGAGAGAGGCUGCAGGAGGCUCUGAAGUCCCAGGACAUGACCGCCCCCUCCAGCGUGGGAGGGGUAGUGCUGCGUACUAAAGUAGCAACAGGUCAGAACCCCCCAGCUAACAGACACUCCACAGGCUCCUACAUAGCGGGCUACCUGGACCAGCUGGAGGACAGGGGGCUGCCUGAGGGGGCGUGCACCACACUGGGGUAUGGAUUUGGAGAUCACUAUGGUGAUCAUUAUCAUGAUGACUCUCUGCUGCCCACAGACUCAUGUAUAAGAUCAGAACCGGAGGUCUACUUCCUGCUCAGACUCUGAACCCACUUCCGGGUUAUCACCUACAUAGAAUGAUGCAUAAUGUACUUCCAGAACACAGAAAAUCAGCUUCCUGCUUACAACCGAGAAAAAAAUAAAAUAUAUAUCCUGGUUGGUCUGUCCAAUAAUAUAGGUCAACUACCUGAUUAGGUCUGACACUUUGUCUGUAAAUGUAAAAAUGUCCUGAUCAGAAUGUUCUGUAAAUGUAAUUUGGAACAGACUGUAAACCACUUCCUACUUUGAUUGUACCUGUUUCCUGUCCUGCCUGUUCCUGUAAUUCUACUUCCUGUUCAAGCUAACUCCACCUACAAUGAAGCAAAAAAAUUGGAAACUUUCCAAAUGUGUUUUACUCUGAAGGGAAGUGUUGUCUUGGUGUUUGUACAUUUUAAAUGUGUAUUGGUAUUAUCAGAGGCCCGCUGGGCACAGACGUUAAUUCAACGCCACGUUGGUUCAACAUCAUUUCAGUUGAAAUGACCCAGAAACAACGUUGAUUCAACCAGUGUGUGUACCCAGUGAGGAGCACUUUUAAGGAACGCGAUCUGUUUCAUCAGAGAGCUUCCUCGAGUCUUCCUUUCUCCUCUAAAGUGUUCUCUAUGUCAGUGUUGUUUGUAAAUAUUCUACUGUACAUUUGUUUUUUAAUGGACGGUGGUGUUAUGUAGUGUUGGUGGUGUUACUGUACAGCUGUACAGACAGUGGUGUUACUGUACAGCUGUUUUCAGCAUGUUAAACGUGGACAUGUCCAGCAUGACUAUGCAUCUAUCUGUCGACAUCACAGUGCACUACUGUCUUUGUACAGAACAAGUAAUAGUGGGAUUGGUUGAAAUACAGUACAUAGACAGUACAAUACAGUACGUAGAUAGUACAUAGACAGUACAAUACAUAGACAGUAUAAUGCAGUACAAUACAGUACAUAGACAGUACCAUGCAGUACAAUACAGUACAUAGACAGUACACUACAGUAUAUAGAUUGUGCAUAACUGUACAAUACAGUACAUAUACAGUACAAUACAGUACAUAGACAGUACACUACAGUACAUAGAUUGUGCAUAACUGUACAAUACAGUACAUAUACAGCACAAUACAGUACAUAGACAGCACACUACAGUACAUAGACAGUACAAUACAGUACAUAGACUGUGCAAUACAGUGCAAUAGUGUACAUAGACAGUACAAUACAGUACAUAGACAGUACAAUACAGUACAUAGACAGUACAAUACAGUACAUAGACAGUAUAAUACAGUACAUAGACAGUACAAUACAGUACAUAGACAGUACAAUACAGUACAUAGACAGUACAAUACAGUACAUAGACAGUACAAUACAGUACAUAGACAGUACAAUACAGUACAUAGACAGUAUAAUACAGUACAUAGACAAUACAGUACAUAGACAGUACAAUACAGUACAUAGACAGUACAAUACAGUACAUAGACAGUACAAUACAGUACAUAGACAGUACAAUACAGUACAUAGACAGUACAAUACAGUACAUAGACAGUACAAUACAGAACAUAGACAGUAUAAUACAGUACAUAGACAAUACAGUACAAUACAGUACAAUACAGUACACUACAGUACAUAGACUGUGCAAUACAUUGCAAUACAGUACAAUACAGUACACUCAGUACAUAGACUUGCUUGCUCUGACUUUUUCGCUUUCUACGAUUUUAAACGCUAUCACAUACUUUAUGAGUUUAAAUGCUUUUAUUUUUUAUAAUUACUUUAACUCAGACUGAAAAGAAACAAAAUAAAAACCAAAUGUUGGGUCUGGUUAUUAGAUGUCUUCCUUCAGUUGAAAUGGUUACAAGAACAGAAACACAGUGGAAUAGGUAGGUAAGGCUUUUGGUCUGGACCAGGCUGCAUGAUUUUAUUCUUCUUUUCAGUGUUAAACCAAUCUUAUUUUCUUUGUAUGGUCGCUCAGAAGAUUAAUGUGAGCAUUUUCCUACCGAUGCAAUAAAAUUCUGAAACUUUUUACACGGCAA